UCCCAUUUGAAAGAGCGAUUAAAUAAUGCUCUUAAUAACAAAAAACACUACUUUUUCGGUCUAUUUUACAUUGGGAACUAAGGGAUUUUUCAAAAAUGUGUUUUUUUUUUUAACAAAAAAGAAUAGAUGUCACAACUGCUGAGGUUACCGAAGUGCGUUGACACGUCAGGGUGAUUAUCGCACAAAUGGAACCAUGAGAUUGCAAUCAGAUAGCCUAUCAUCCAAACGAGAUCCAUUGUAAAUUGUUUCUUAAUGUUCUUCUUCAGUCCACGGUAUCAGAUAUAUCUUAUGCGAUAUUUCAUUUGUGAACUGUUUUAAUUGUUACAAAUAUAUCGAUGGUUACAAUACCAUGCUAGCUGCUAGCCAAUCUCAAUUCAACCGUGUACGAUACGAUACGACUAAUGAGGUUUUAGCAUGCGCAAACGCGCAGAAAAAUCUAAUGCAUUCACAUUUGAUAAAGUUUUCGAUAUAGAAAACAAUUUGUAUUACAUAGUUACUAGUGGUCCCGCAGUAGUCGAAAUUCGACUAUAAUUAAUUGAUAUUAUAAUUUUGAACAUUAUUAUGAUUCUAUAGUCAAAUUAUAUAAUCACAGAUUUCGCCAAGACUACACUUUAGGCAAAAGACAAAACAUAUUUAAUAUAUUCACUUCACAUAUUUAAUAUAAUCAAGCAAUAAGAAAAGUUUGACAAUGUACAAACAGUAUGCAUGCGUGUGUGUGACAAAUACAUGGUAGUGUGUUUAAUGUUUUUUUAUUAUCUAUUGUAUUUUUUAUGCAUAAUUUUAGAAAAAUAUGAGCAUUCUGCACUUCUACUCUAUAUUCUCUAUAAGUGUGGGAAAUUUCAUACUGCUCCGUCCGCGCAAUUUUCGUAGAAAGGGAUACAAAGUUUUUGCUUCACGUAUUAAUUAAUAUUUAGAUGAUUAUUUGUAAAUUCCUCACAUCACAGUGCAUUAAGCGUUCGCGCACUAGCCAGGUCGUUGAUCGUAACAUUUCCGUCACACAUUGAUUUUUGUGUGCACUAACUAGCACAAAAAUAGCUGGCCGGGUGUCGUUGCGUGCGCGCCACCAGUCGAGAGAUCGAUGCUGGCCAUCCAGCUCGUCCCAUCCAAAAUACUCACUCAAAACCUCGACCGAGUGCCUUACAGCGUCGAAUGGAAACCCGAACCCGCCGUGAAUUUUGAAUUGUGCACAAAAUCUGGAAUGAAUGUGUGGAUUUCAUCUUAUGUGAUUUGUGUUCGGGUAAAAUCCCAAUAAGUAGUGCACUGUGAUUUACUUAUUUGUUUGUGGAUUGCCCUUCGUACCUGGUAAUUCGUUUUGCAAUAUUCCAUAAUUACACUAGAACCUGUAGAAUGAUUCGAAGUGUACGCUAAAGAUGAACAAUGGGACGAGACGAGCCUUGACCGGCUCCAUUCACAAAAUUAGAGAAUUUGAACUGGAAAAAGUGAGUUUGGUUGAAGAAUUCGAUAUAUUACAAAUCGUUGGUGAGGGAUGGUUUGGAAAGAUUCUUCUUGUUGAACACAAAGCAUCAGACACUGAAAUUGUGCUGAAAGCGUUGCCUAAACCCUAUGUCUCUAUACGGGACUUUUACAGAGAGUUCCAUUACAGCCUCCACUUAGGUGCGCACCGGAAUAUUGUGACGACAUUUGAUGUGGCUUUCGAAACAGCUGGUUUUUAUGUGUUUUGCCAAGAAUAUGCGCCACUAGGUGAUCUUACAUCUAACAUGUUAGAUACGGGUAUAGGUGAAAUCCAUUCAAAGAGGGUGGCAAAACAAUUGGCUGCAGCAUUAGACCAUAUUCACCAAAGAGAACUAGUUCAUAGAGACGUUAAACUAGAUAACAUAUUAAUAUUCAAAUCAGAUUUUUCUAGAAUUAAGCUAUGCGAUUUCGGAGAAACGAGGAAGGUUAAUGCCGUGGUUAGAAGACGCAAUGAAUGGUUGCCGUAUUCCCCGCCAGAAGUGUUAAAACUAUCAAUGGACAGCAGCUACAAAGCAUUAAUUACCCACGAUGUUUGGCAAUUCGGUAUUGUUUUAUUUAUUUGCCUCACCGGCUGCCUGCCUUGGCAGAAAGCUGCUUUCGACGACCCCCGCUACACGAGCUAUUACAAUUGGUACAACAGUUCGAAUCCAUUAAAGAAACAACCGAAGCUAUGGAAAAUGGUUUCCUCUAGAGCGCAGAGGAUGUUUAAAAAGUUCGUUGAACCCAGAGAAGAGAAGAGGGUUAAUAAUCUACUAGAACUGAAUCGAUAUUUAGAUGAUCGGUGGCUUGCGAAAGGAUACACAGACAGAGUCGCCGGUGAAGACAUAGACGAACUCUGUCCAUCCAUGUACAGUUUUCACAGCGACCCGAAUGAGAAAAACAUACUGCUCCAACAUUUUAGGCACAAUGGCCUCGAGACAACUGUAGACAGACAAGCCAAAAAACAAAGAAUACGAGACUGGAUACAAAAUAGUGUCAUAGAAGAAGCCGAUGAAGAGGAAGAUGCAUAUGAGCCUAGCGUGUACGAAGACAGCGAUAUAGAACUUGACCACAGACCAAGGAACUACCCGAUAGACGAUUCCCACAGAGUAACUCUUCGGUACGACACCGAAAAGCAUAUCAACCCAAGAACCGGCGAAGUCAUCGAAGGAGCGAAACCUUCAGCUCCCGAAAAAAAACCUCUAUCGUACGACGUUCAACAUAUUGAGCCCGUGGCCCCGACCGAUGUCGUGAGGCGAUACGGCCAAAAUGACGCAUCGCAAAGCUCAACAAAAGACAGCGCUUACGGAUCCAUGGAAGUUAAAGCAAAAAGAAACGCAUACAAAAACAAUCAAAAACAUUCUACAUCUCUCGAAUACGGUAUAAAUAAUCCUCCGAGUAGAUCGCUAAGUGCCACCUCUAUACAACAAAAUAAGUCGCCAAUCACAAGCCACGCUCAAAGGUUUCAAAGGAGCGAAGAAGUCUAUUCAAAGGAAUUGGAAAAUUUAAAAGGAAGCUCAUCGACUCUGCAUUCUUUGGCGCACUCGUCUAGAUCUAACAGCAUCCAAGCGACACACAGCAGCUCCUUCGAUAGUCCCACAAUCGUAGGCAAUAAUGUUGCUACACAAAAUGAAAGUCCAGUAUUAUCUUCUACUCAUAACAGCAGCUUUGAGAAGCAACAGAAUGGCUUAAUUCCUCCAAAUUCAACGGUGCCACAGCACAGGCCGUCGUAUGUAUCAAUGAAAAGCACUCCUUACGACAAUGUUUCGUUCAAAACUGAAAAUUCUGAUGGAAAACCUGAAACCUCGACGGUUAAUGGGAAAAACGAGGAAAACAAGGUUAGUCCCUAUUCAUCAAUGGUGAAUAUAGUACAAGGAAAAAUGAAAAUAAAUCCCCAUCAAGAUGAUGCCAAUAAAAAUGCGAUAAGCGUUUCAGUGACGGCAGUCAAACAAAACAAAACAGGGAGAAAGAAAUCAUGAACACAACCUACCUACUUAUGAGUGUACUUAUUUGUAAGAACCCUUAAAUUCUUUAUUACGUUGGAACCCUUUGCUUUUUUUCUUUUAUUCGAAUUAAUUCGAAUUAUUUAUCAAUACGACCAACAUGAUAAACGUUAAUUGUCGUGUAUUUGCUUCAAAGUACAAAAGUACGGUGUGCCUUUAUUGGCUGUGAUUAUGUAACCUGUAUGAAUUGUAGAAGCGGGGUGUAAGGGUCGGUCUCGAAGACUUAUUCCGAAAAAUUAUAAUGAUGAGAGAAGCUUCCAGCAUACGGGAUCCCUGAGGGACUCUGCAAGUGGAUCGCUAGCUUUUUGGAUGGACGGAGCAUCGCAGUUGUCGUCGACGGCUGCUGCUCCGAUACCAUGACCAUCAACGCUGGUGUUCCACAAGGUUCGGUGCUCUCCCCCACGCUUUUCAUACUGCAUAUCAAUGACAUGCUAUCCAUUGAUGGCAUGCAUUGCUAUGCGGAUGACAGCACGGGGGAUGCGCGAUAUAUCGGCCAUCAGAGUCUCUCUCGAAGCGUUGUACACGAGAGGCGAUUAAAACUUGUGUCUGAAGUGGAGAACUCUCUGGGGCGGGUCUCCAAGUGGGGUGAACUGAAUUCAGUUCAGUUCAACCCAUUGAAGACACAGGUUUGCGCGUUCACUGCGAAGAAGGACCCUUUUGUCAUGGCGCCGGAAUUUCAAGGAGUAUCCCUGCAGCUUUCCGCGAGUAUCGGGAUUCUGGGGGUCGAUAUUUCGAGCGAUGUCCAGUUUCGGAGUCAUUUGGAAGGUAAAGCCAAAUUGGCCUCUAAAAUGUUGGGAGUUCUCAACAGAGCGAAGCGGUAUUUCACGCCUGGUCAGAGACUUGCGCUUUAUAAAGCGCAGGUCCGACCUCGCGUGGAGUACUGCUCUCACCUCUGGGCCGGGGCUCCCAAAUACCAGCUACUUCCAUUUGACUCCAUACAGAAACGGGCUGUUCGGAUGGUCGAUAGUCCUGCUCUCGCGGAUCGCUUGGAACCUCUGGGUCUACGGAGGGACUUCGGUUCUCUCUGUGUUUUAUACCGCAUGGUCCAUGGGGAAUGCUCUGAGGAAUUAUUUGAGAUGAUUCCCUCAUCUCCUUUUUAUCAUCGCACCUCCCGCCAUCGGAGCAGAGUUCAUCCAUAUUAUCUGGAACCGCUGCGUUCAUCGACAGUGCGUUUCCAAAGAUCUUUUUUGCCACGUACCAUCCGGCUUUGGAAUGAACUCCCCUCCACGGUGUUUUCCGAGCGCUAUGACAUGUCCUUCUUCAAACGAGGCUUGCGGAGAGUUCUUUAUGGUAGGCAGCGGCUUGGCUCUGCCCCUGGCAUUGCUGACGUCCAUGAGCGACGGUGACCACUUACCAUCAGGUGGGCCGUAUGCUCGUCUGCCUACAAAGGCAAUAAAAAAAAAAAAAAAAAAAAAACUAUAUAGAGUGCGAAUGGAGAAGAGUGACAUUUUUAGUAAAAAAAAGCCCGCUCAAAGUCAAACAGUAGUAUGUACCGGACCACUCUAUCACCAAAUUUCAAUAUUCGCUUGAAAAUUUACAGUUUGAACUACAUUCGGAAUUUUCAUCUGGAACUUUCCUUAAAAAGAUGUUUGGCUUCAGCAGCGUCAUCUCAAUUUAAUCCUUUUACACUUUUAAGUACCUAGUCAGUUAAAUUUUCCAAAAGGAAAGGCUAUGGUAUGACACCAUACAGCUUAAUCUUUUAUAUCUCUAUUAUAUUUAUAUAUUCUGUUAAUAGAAAAAUAAUAUUAUGGAGUGGAUAGUCCUUUGCUAAUUUUCCGAUUUCAUGCCCUAAAAUACCUCUACGCUCCAUAGUUGUGAUUUGGUAUAUAAGAAAGGAAAUGUAGUGUUGUAUGUAAUGUGAAGCGCGCGCUACAGUCAAGAUCGUUCUUUGCUGGGAUUAGCUGGGAUUUAAAAUUACAAAACCGAUACCUACUAAGAGUAUUAAUAUUGCCCAGGAUGUAAGAUACUCCUAUUAUGAAUCAUUGUUUGAAUACCCGGUUAAGAUAAAUUUAAAACAUUAGUGUUACAUUCGGGAUCGAUUCACUACACCCUGUAUAUUAAACGUUGAUUAACUUUGAGUUAAGAAUAGAUUACGUUAGAAUGAAGACAGAUUAGUUCUACGUUUUAAUUUUAGAUGUUGUGCGUGACUUCUGCACUAGUUUUCGUCUGCCGAUAAAGUAUAAUAGUAAUCUUUUUAGAUAUCAAUGUGAGUGACAUUCUUCGCUUUGGCAUUACCGAGAGCCCUCGCAAAUAAAUAAAAUAAUAAAAGAAACAUCUUUUUUUUUAAGAAAUGUAUUAAAUAAAUUAAAUGAAACUUUCGUAUGAUUAGUCAUAAAUUAAGUAUACGUACAAUAAUAUGUUUACUGGUUGGGUGAGGAAUUUUACAAGUUGGUUAUUAUUUUCACAGACAUUUUAUUAAUAGAGAAAGACUGGGUAGUCUUCGUGGAAGAAAUAUAUUCUACGCUCUCCUUCUACGCAAAUCUCAAAAUAGCAUUAAUGGUUAUGGCGGGUUCUCCAUACCUGUAAUUAGUUUAAGUAAAAAUUCUGAGAUUAUUUAAAAAAAAAAAUGUUUUAAUUUUGAUGACGUUCAUUGUUGUUACACUAUAGUCAAAAAUUUUAAACAAUUAUUAAAGUGACUAUGAGGAAAUAUAUAAUUAUCUGUUUCACAAUAUAUCAGGGAUAAUAAAAAUGUGUAAAUUAUAUAAUAACACAAAUUAUAUAAAACAAUUUCUUGUGUACUCAGUGGCCGACCUCUUAUUUUUACUUUAUCAGAAUAAACGUAUUUGUACAAUGGAAUGCUAAUUAAAUUGUAGAUUUAAAUGAUAUUUAUACGUAUGUAUGUAUACGUAUGUUAUAAGUACCUAAUUGAAGCUCAAAAGUUAUGUCCCAGACUAUUUCCUUGAAUGUAUAAGGACGUAAAUGCCGAUACACGUUUUUAGUGAUUAAUUAAAGUGGAUAAAUCUCUGGAUAAAAAGUGUACUAUACGUUAAAUAUAUCGAGGAGUGAAAAGCUAUUUGGUUUAAGUGACAUUUCGCUAAGUACGCGAUAUUUAUCUUUGUAAUAAAAGGUCCGUUUUAUUUGGUAUUAGUAACAACAGUUCGAUGUUUUUAAUUGAUCUUCAAUUAAGUUUACCCCAUUCAAAUAGCUUUUCCAAAGAAACUUUAAAUGACUCUCCUGUAAAGUUGCAAAAAUGUUGCUUAAACCAAACAGACUUUGACCCCUCGAUAUAGACUAUUGUAAAUGUAUUAUUUCAUUAAAAACAUUGUGCCCUCGAAAA